CCCCACUAAUGUACUUAGAAUUCUAUUCCGAAACUGUCGUCGAAAAAGACUAAUAGUAAGCAGCUACCCUACCUAGUCAACUAUACUCACUUCAUAAUCCAUCUUCUCGUUCCAUCCAGAACGGAAUUUUCUUUUAACAUGUCGCAAAUCCCCAGUGACGCCCUCGAUUUCCCGGACUCCGAUCGGAAGUUCCUGGAACCUCAUCUCCCACCUCGGAAUGGCGAGAUCAAGAGUCCUAACUUGCCAUUCACAACAGUGACAUUUGCCAUGUCACUAGAUGCAUCUCUGGCGAUCUCACCGGGAGUCCGAACGGUCCUGUCGGGACCUCAGUCCAAGGCAAUGACGCAUUAUCUACGCUCUCGUCACGAUGCUAUCUUAAUUGGCGUUGGUACCGCUCUAGCAGACGAUCCUGGUCUGAAUUGUCGCAUAGAGGGCGUGGGCGGAUACGGCGGCGAGAGUCUGCAAGGCCAGCCUAGGCCUAUUAUCAUUGAUCCUUCGGCUAGAUGGGAAUUUACGGAAGAGGCUAAGAUCUUGAAACUCGUCAACGAAGGCCGUGGGCGUGCUCCGUAUAUCGUUACUGGCAAGCAUUCACCUCCGGUGAAACAGAAGGAGAUCCUUGAAGAGCACGGUGGGAAGUAUCUUACUAUGGAUAUCACUACGACGGAAGCUGGAGCUCAUCGGUUCGACUGGACCGUCCUGCUGGAGAGGUUGAAGAAAGAGGGUCUAAACAGCGUCAUGAUUGAAGGCGGUGCUGUUAUUAUCAAUUCUCUCCUGGAUCCCUCGUCUCAGGCGCUGAUUGAUAGUGUGAUCAUCACGAUCGCACCAACGUGGCUGGGUCGAGGUGGGGUGGUUGUCUCACCUGAACGACGAUAUGAUAGUGGUGGCAAUUCCAUUCCGGUAUCACGUCUCUCGGACGUAAAGUGGUAUCCCUUUGGUGAAGAUGUUGUGCUCUGUGGAAAGAUCAAACACUAAAAUGUUGGGUACAAGGAGUGAAUGCUCACGAUGCGAGGCAGCACGCAGAAGAUGCACGAUGGAAUUUAUCAUAUGACCACAGCAUGUAGCGAAUAGAAUCGUAUUCC